AUGGUGGCAGCUCUUGCUGAGCAACCCUCAUCUCGUCUACUGAAGCACAUCAUUCGGUGCUAUCUUCGCCUGUCAGAUAAUCCAAGGGCUUGUGAUGCAUUAAGAAGCUGUCUGCCAGAUAUGUUAAGAGAUGCGACUUUCAACAGUUGCCUUCGUGAAGACCCCACAACUAGGAGGUGGUUACAGCAAUUGCUUCACAAUGUUGGAGUGAAUCGAGUUCCUGCACUACAAGCUGGAGGAGGUUUCGAUCAUAUGAUUGUGACCUGA